AUGCGCAGGACCGAAGUUUAUCUUAAACCGGCUAUUAUUGAUUAUUGCAAAACUGUUCUCGUAGCAGAAGACAUUGAAAAUUUAAGUUUGUCAAAUAAAGUUUAUUACAUAUUUGAUGAACUUUGUCAUAUAUCGCAAUCGAUUGUGGACGAUUUAUUACCGUUUAUUGAACAUCGUUUAACAGUAAAUAUUAAAAGUUUAGACAAAAUAACUUAUAUUCGAAUUUUGAGAUAUUCCAGAGAUCCAACUGACAUUUUUCAUCGACAUUUACUCAGACUUGUCGAACUUAGUUUACAAAUGGCUGAUCCAUCAACGUCAAAUGAUCAAAAAGAGUUGACAGAAUUAAAACUUGUUAAUUUGAUUUGUAGUAUUUCUGCACGUUGUUUACCAAAUCCUGACAAGAAUGAAUUUUUAUUAAAACUGUUCGUCCUUCAUGCAAUCAAAACACAUAGGGAACGUUCAUCAACAGCAUUAAGUAUUUUGAUACCGUUGAAGCAGGCAUUAUUUGAAAAUAUUAACUCAAAAGAAGCAAUUGCUUCUUUUGAGUACACCAUUAAUGCUAAUAUUAUUGGUCAACAAUUACUCGAUGAAUCGAUCAAAGAACAAAAACGAUUUCCAACAACUGGUGCUGAACGAAAAGAUGAAAUAAUAACGAUCACUGAUCUAAAUGGAAAUGAACAAGAACAAACUGCUGUUUAUUAUGAAAAUAUCAAUCAAUUAUUAAAAGUAUUUCUUCAACAUCCGUUUAUUUUUGAUCGUAUUGAUACACAAAUAGUGCUGAAUAAUUUAUUAAAAUUACAAAUACUUGAAUUAGGUAAUAUGCGAAAAGCUAAAAAGUCCUCAUCUGUUGCUCCUAUGCUACUGAAAAUAAUCGAAGUGUAUACACCAUCGAUAAUUGCAAAAAAUAAUCGAUUAUUCAUCAUAUGGGGUUUACCCGUGCUUUAUAAACUUAAAACAUACAAUGCCGAUGGUAGUGAAUGUAGAGUAAAAUCGAUGAGUGUUAAAAGCGCAUAUAUAGCAAAACUAGGUUUUCGUUAUUACCCGAAUACAACAGAUACAGUUGUAUUAGUGUCGAAUUUAAAAAUUCAAUCAUAUACUCAAUAUUUAACAGAAUCCGAGGCAAUGAAAAAAGGAAAAGAACAACAUCGAGUAAGUAGGGACUUGGGUCGGAUCAGCGAUGUGUCUUCGCAUUUCUUUGUUUUCUCUGUCUAACUAGGUUAACCAUACAUCUACGUGUUAUCGUGACAAGUCAUUGCAUGGGGGUUCCACAGGAUACUCAUCAUAUAUACAAUGGCACAAGCCUAACGCAAACAAAAUGGUGAUUUUGUUCAUCUGUGGUAGUUUAGUCAUAUUAGUUGGUGUUUUUGUUUUAAUUUAUUUCGUCUGGUAUUAAAACUGUAUCGGUGUGUCAAGGAAAAACGUUGACGACAUUAGUCGAUAACCAAUCGAUGAUUAAUCGAUCAAUCGGCUGAGUUUUUUAAACAACUAUGAAAGGAACUUUUAUGCAUAUUAGUAGUUGUCGAGCUGCUCUAUCUUCUACGACCUAAAAAGGCUGAUUUGAAUGCCAUCUUUAUAGCGGAAAAAGGAUCGCAUUGGAUACGUUUUGCCAGACCGGUUCGAAAAAGUGGAAUUUAUGCAAAAGAAGAAUACACGCCAUCUCAGUUGUUUGCAUAAAUUCCGCUUUUUCGAACGGAUCUAGCAAAACGCUCCACUCGCGAUCCUUUUUUCUCUAAAAAGAUGGUAUUCAAAUCAGCUUUUCUAGGUCGUAGAAGAAAGAGCAGCGCGACAACUACUAGUAUGAAUCAAAAUUCCUUUCAUGUUUUAAUAAAGCACUAGAAGUCCGGCAGACUUACGUGCAUAAUCCACCAUCCAAUAGUCAGUGGUCAAAGAAACGAGUUUCUUGGUGGAUCGGAACAGAGAAUGCAAUGUUUCCAAGUGUAAGGUAUUGUAGGGGAUUCAGGUGAUAGAAUCCUGUAAGAAGUACCACAUUAUCCUAACAGAAAUCACAUGAGUUCCUAUGAUAAGAUUAUGUAGGAUUUCAUAGGAUCCUACAACGAUUUCCUGUGUUUCGAAGGAUCCCAUACGAUGCAGAUUUACUCAUUCAGUGUACAUACAGUCAGACGCUUUAACUGAUGUAAAAUCGCG